AUGUCGACACGAGCUAUUACAAUCGAUAUCAACGGCUUCGCCAUCCCGAGACUGGCAUUCGGACUCGGCUCCUUCAUGAGAUGGGCUCCCAACCACUCUCAUCCCCUCCCCACCGACAGCAGCAAAGAAGUCCGCCAGGCCCUGGACGCAGGAUUCCGACAUAUCAAUACCGGAGAUCUAUACACCAACAAUGAAAGCGCGGCCAAGAUAUUCAAGACUUCCGGCAUCCCACGCAACGAACUGGUCUUCAGUCUCAAACUCAACACGUAUGCGGCUUUGGGAUGCAAAGGGGCUGCGGGGAUGGUGGAGAGCACUUAUCGGGAGAUGGAACGUUUUGGAAUGAAUGGUUAUGUCGAUGUACUGCAGCUCCAUUUUCCUCCUCGUGGGCGUCCGGGGAAUCUGAGUAACCGCGAAGCCUGGCGGAUAUUGGAGGAGCUGAAGGAAAAGGGGGUGGCUCGUGUUAUCGGGGUGUCGAAUUGGUAAGAGCGGAAAGCCGAAAUGCUCAUGAGUAUGAGAUUCUUCGAUUGAUAUUCACGCGUGUAAUUGCAGGGCGAUGCAGGACUAUCGAGACAUUAUGAACGCCAGCGAGUUGAAGUACAAACCGCAAAUCAACGAGUACGAGUUCAAUCCUUUCCUAGUGAGAGAUCCGGCCUUCCGAGAGAGGAGUGAGUACGAGAUCGAGAACGGAAUCGUUACGAUGAGUGAGUCGUCGCCACCUUGGGGCUCUUCCCCCAACCUUCUCGAUCUUUCUUUUACGAGUUGAGCUGCCGCAGGGCACCAGGAGCUGAUGAAUGUGAUCCGACAGAUUACGGGUUCCUCACGAUAUUAUCGGGAAAGCUGUCCAGAGAAGAUGCACCAGCUCUACUAGACGAUCUCGAAGAGCAAUCCAAAGCCACCGGACUGGAGCCCGCCACUAUGCUGUUGGGUUGGGCGUACGACCGGCUGCAGGGCAUCGUGGUCACCUCGACGUCGCAGAAAGCACGGGGCGAAGGACUGCUCCAGCAGUUCCUUGACCCGGGUGCAGAACAGCUACCGAGUCAUGUGUAUGAUAGGAUAGAGGCCGCCGCUGCGAGAGACGGGUAUGAAGGCAAGGUGUUUUACAAGCAUGGACACAUGAAUGGGUAGAGAUCGAUAUCCCGAGAUUCUGGUGUUGACAUAGCCCGAGCUUUUCAUGUCUUUUCCCGUUCUCGUGAAAUGUGCAAUGAGACGGGACGUGGCACUGAUGGCACGGGCCACUCUUGGCACUGCGGUGAGUGAAUGGAAACGAUCUGUCUGGGUAGAUCACAGAACGGGCGUAUGAUGUGUCCUGGAGCCUCCAGGCACUUCAUCUUUCCAUCUACAACAAUUCCAAUUCGUUCAACUGUCCAAACAUGAACAAAUCCAUCGGUUUGCCGUACGCUGAAAGUGAAGAAUGAAUGGCUUGGACCAGAUCACCUCUGCACGUGCGGCCAUUCGCUUGCAAGUGGCGCAGCGGUUCGCAUCGAAUCAAUGCGAAACGAGUGCGAGACAGAUGCCGUCGCCCGCGGUUCGGGCGAGGAUGAGGAGAAAUCGAAACGGCAGAAGGCUCCUUUUUGAUUUAUUCCCCGCCUUGCAUUGGACAGGAACAAUCUGGAUGCGCAGUACGCUUGUCCGCAGUGUCUCCACUGUCCAGCGCUUUCGCCGGCGGGAGCAUCUCGAACGACACGUUCAACGCCACACGGCACGGGAGCUCGGCCUCACGCUUGUCCCGUCUGCGGUCAGAAGCGUCAUAUCUAGUCGCACCGCUCCGCCGAUACUCGCAGCGCCGGUGUGGCUAAGGAUGGCACUCGGGCUUCCAAGCGGCGCCAGAGACAGACGACAAUUACUGGAAGCCUGCCCGCGCUGGAGAGUGGACAUCACAGCGGACAAGAUGCCAGCGUUCCACCGACACCGAAUUCCGGAUCGAAUCACUAUCAGAACAGUCCUGCUGGCGAACAAGCUGAGCAGACGAGGCCUGUGCAAGAUCGCCCAUCGAGUCGUGCUGCCCACAGGAGCCCGCCAAAUUCCGUUGUGGAUCCCAGUCUCUUGCCGUCUCCGUCGCUCGCCGGCCUCGCGAACAAUCAACCUGCCGCUUGGGAUGGUCUAGAUCUUAUGCCCGACUCUGGGAGCUCAGCACUGAAGUUCGCUCCUCCCCCGUUACUGUUCCCUUUGGACAGCUGUACCGUUGAUGAUCUUGGCUUGUCAUUCUGGGGUACGACCCCAGGCGAGGCCUCUUCUUUCAUGCCGUCUGCAUUGGAAGCGGCCAACAACGGCAUUGAAUCGACACGUCCCUCAAUCUCCUCGGUCGAUGAAGCAGAUGUCCUCAUCGCCGAGAAUUUCCAUCAUGUGCCACCCAUGUCCGAGGCAGCUUACUCUAGGACCCACGAUUACUACUAUCAGGAAGUCGUGCCCGCUGCACAGCAGUUCAGCGCACCCAGCAAGAUGCCAGAAUGCCCUUCACGUCACUACCUUGAAAUCUACACCCAGCUGUAUUUCGAAUACGACCACCCCAGAAUGCCAAUACUCCACAUUCCAACCUUCACUGCGGAUGCCAAAGCAUGGCCAAUACUUUGA